AUGACUUCAAUAGCAGAAUACGUCGACCUCUCUCAGCCGAGCUUCUGGAUUGCGGUAGCGUGUAUCGUCUUCAAUCCUACCUUCUGGAACACUGCAGCUCGUCUGGAAUACAGUAAUAAGACCAUCACCAAUCUCGCUGGUGGCAAUGCCCGCUACGGCUGCUAUGGCCUCGCAGUAGCCAUCUUCUUCCUGGGUCUGUUCCGGGAUGCGUUGUACGAGCAGGCUCUGCGCGCUCAACCAUCUCAUCCAGCCCUUCUGGGCUUCGUCUCGCAGGCUCUCGCCGUCGGACUGGUGCUGAGCGGCAAUGUUCUGGUUUUGAGCAGCAUGUGGGCUCUCGGCGUCACGGGUACUUACCUCGGCGACUACUUUGGCAUCCUCAUGGACCAUAUCGUGACCGGCUUCCCUUUCAAUGUCACUGCAUCGCCCAUGUACUACGGCAGCACCAUGAGCUUCCUUGGUACAGCUCUGUGGUAUGGCAAGCCUGCGGGCGUUGUCCUAUCAGUAGUUGUGCUGGUUGUUUACAAGAUUGCGCUGGCUUUCGAGGACCCUUUCACCGCAGAGAUCUACGCGAAGAGAGAGCGAGAGCAGGGCAAGAAGAAGCUUUGA